UGCGUCACUUCCGUUGUCAGGUGGCCGUCCGCCGCGGAGCGGAGCGGAGGCCGCGGCCGGGCGUGGGGCUGCGGGAGGCGCCGGCGGCCGCGCCGGCCCCGGGGCCAUGGAGUCCUCGACCUUUCGACCAUCCAGCCUUCUCCAAGGUGAUGACUCCUGUCUCCUGAGACGUUGGAAAACCUAGUUUGGAAGAAGAGUAAAGAUACAGUUGAUGCUGAACUACAGCCAAGGAUGAAGCGGCGAGCAUCAGACAGAGGAGCUGGGGAAACAUCCACUAAGGCAAAAGCUCUUUGUACAGGGAUUUCUGGAAAUAAUGCCAAGAGAGCGGGCCCUUUUAUACUAGGUCCACGUUUAGGUAACUCCCCUGUGCCGAGUAUUGUUCAGUGUUUGGCAAGAAAGGAUGGGACAGAUGACUUUUAUCAGCUAAAGAUUCUCACCUUAGAAGAAAGGGGUGAUAAAGGAAUAGAAACCCAGGAGGAACGACAGGGCAAGAUGCUGCUGCACACAGAGUAUUCUCUCCUUUCCCUGCUCCACAACCAGGAAGGAGUGGUUCAUCAUCACGGGCUCUUUCAGGACCGAGCUUGUGAAAUUAUAGAAGAUCUAGAAGCCAACAGAAUGGUUAGAAAAAUGAAGAAGCGCAUUUGUCUUGUGUUAGACUGUCUCUGUGCUCAUGAUUUCAGUGACAAAACAGCAGAUCUGAUCAAUCUGCAGCAUUAUGUCAUUAAAGAGAAAAGACUCAGUGAGCGGGAGACAGUAGUAAUAUUUUAUGAUGUGGUACGAGUGGUAGAAGCAUUACAUAAGAAAAAUAUUGUGCACAGAGACUUGAAACUAGGAAACAUGGUGCUAAACAAAAGGACUCAUCGAAUAACCAUAACAAACUUCUGUCUUGGAAAGCACCUCGUGAGUGAAGAUGACCUGCUGAAAGACCAGCGAGGGAGCCCUGCCUACAUCAGCCCAGAUGUGCUUAGUGGACGGCCGUACCGUGGAAAACCCAGUGACAUGUGGGCGUUGGGUGUGGUGCUCUUCACCAUGCUCUAUGGCCAGUUCCCCUUCUAUGACAGCAUACCUCAGGAGCUUUUCCGCAAAAUCAAGGCUGCCGAGUACACCAUCCCUGAGGAUGGACGGGUCUCAGAAAACACUGUGUGCUUGAUCCGAAAACUGCUGGUCUUGGAUCCGCAGCAGCGUCUGACAGCUUCUGAAGUGCUGGAUUCUCUCAGCUCCAUCAUAGCAUCAUGGCAGUCUAUGUCCUCGCUGAGCGGCCCUUUGCAGGUGGUGCCAGACAUCGAUGACCAAGUGGCUAACCCUGAAAACCCCCAAGAGGUGAAGGUGACAGAGGAGUGCUCACAGUACGAGUUUGAGAAUUACAUGAGGCAGCAGCUGCUCUUGGCUGAGGAGAAGAACACCUUGCAUGAGGCCAAGAGCUUCCUACAGAAGCGGCAGUUUGGGAACAUCCCCCCCGUGCGACGCCUGGGCCAUGACGCCCAGCCCAUGAACCCUUUGGACGCAGCUAUCCUGGCCCAGAGGUACCUUCGGAAGUAGCUUCCCACACAUCCGAGAGCACAAGCACCAUCCUGCAGUCUGCCUUUCACGUCGCCUACUACAGCUCAACAGCAAUACCGGUGUCCCGUGAUGGAGAAUAAUGUAGCAAUUCUUCUGAGCUCUGUUCAGGGACACGCACUCACACUCGCUCUGGAGGGAGAAGACUUUUGAAAAAGCUAGUUUUGGAAGCAGCAACCUCUUGGCAUCUUCUGGAAUCUGUUUUUUAAAUCGAAGCCUAGAUGACUAAUCUGCUUUUAAUCAUGACUGUAAUCUACCUCUCUUGUCUUUUUAACCAUGCUGUUCUCUGGAUCGAGCGAAGCCUGUGGGAAAGGAGACUACCAAGGGUGAAGCUGGUUUGCUGGCACAAGAGUUGCGGCUGUGCAGUACAGAGAGUCGGCUGAUUGCAUUCGCUCCAUAUGGUUUGAAUAAGCUUAGAUUUAUCAGGGUUUCUUGAAAGGAAGAAUUUCUUGAAACCUCCCACUUCCCUUCAUCUGCAUCAAAUCCUUUUCUGUCCUUGACGUGCCACCUGGUUUGGCUGUGUUGUCUAACCCUCGGUGGCGCUGCGUGGGCUGCAGUGUGCCAAGGCCAUCGUGAGCAGCACAAACAGCCGCCCGGUUAUCCUGUGUGACUGGCGGCUGCCCGGAGAGCUGGCCGCCGCCUCAGGAGAGAGUCAUCCUUGCAGGCAAUUGCUGCAAAGAUGGGAUCUUGUCCGCAGUUCAAAGGUUUUGCAGGACUUGGCCCAGUGUGGCCUCUGACCUCUUUCCCACCUUUCACUGAUUCUUUUAGUUUCAUAAGGAUAUAUGAUUUAAUCUUAUUUUUCAGUAGCUUAUCUAAGGUGCAGUUAAAAUUGCAUUAAUUCUGAUUUAGCAUUUUCACACUUCAGUUGUGGUACAGAUAUAAUAUAUGAGUUAUAAUGUGAAAAAGCUUCCCAAAAUAAUCUGCCUAGAAUUAGGAAGGGGCUGGCUGAAGUCUCUACUGUAUUUGUUCCCUAGCUUAUCUUGCCAUCCCAGCCUCGCCAUGCAAACCUGGGGCCACCUCUGCUGUCCCCGUGUGGUGCUGAGGCGGGAGAAGGAUGUCCCAGUUUGUCACCUAAUGCCACUGGAAGAGCGUUUGCCUGUGCUGAGAACAGGAACGAUUGUUUCUGAGCCUCACUUUGUGAACUGGAUGCCUGUCUUGCCAGAUGAACUGUUCUCGCACAGAGGUCCCAGGGCUCACAGUGCCCCAGCGAGGGCUCCCGCUCAAGGCAGCAGCUCUCUGGCUGCCUCCUUCCCCUGCUCCGGGCUGCUCCCAGCCCUGUGGCAGCUCCAGCAUCACGCUCUCCUGCCAGCCUCGGGCUGGGCACAAGGAGAUGUGUGAGCAGGGAUGGGAAAAGCUGCUGUGGCCUCGGCUGUGGGGGCUGGCCCGGCUUUUUGGGGCCAGCUCUUCCACCCUGGUGAGUGCGGGCAGGGAGCGAGUAGCAGAUCUAUUUGUAGCGUGUUGUUGCCUUCUCUUGCCCCAGGCUGGGGCAGCAGACUGCGUCUAGCCUGGGCCAACCUACAGGUGUCUUUGUGGAGACAUAGGGAUUGACCUGAAACUCCUUGGCAGCGUCGGGCAUUAUGUCCUGCCUGCGAACUCGCCAAAGCCACUUGGCAGCGGGCAGGCAGGGAAUUGUGAACACUAAUACAGACUAGAACAGUUGCACCAACCCCAGCCAGCUGAGCCAGUAGCCUGAAGUCUUAGCCUUAUUUAUUUUAAAGAUGGUAGAUCUGUCCCGGCACACCGCAGCGCGUGCCCAUCGCCCCCCUGUGCCACCAGCAGUGGAGCAGAGACCCCCCAGCCCUGAGCCCCCCCUGGGGCCUGGACCCCCAGCUGGGGCCCUGCUCUUCCUAUCUGGUUUUCUCCUGUCUUGCUCCCACCUCUUUACGUUUUUUUUUUUUUUUUCCCCAAAGUUAAAAGCAAUAUUCUGGGGACUCUGCAAGGCUGUAUCAUACCCAGUAUUCCUGCACACCGGUCAUCGGCAGUAAAUCACACUUGUAUUAAAGCAAACUGGAAGGGGGGGGUGUGGGGAGGGCAGGAGCGGCUGGGGGGUGCGGGCGGAGGGGCCGCGCUGUGGGAAGGAGCCUGUUGUAAGAAAAAAAAAAAAAAAAAAAAAGAGGAAAAAAAUUUGUAUAAAGACAUUAUUUUUGUACUACAUCAAAACUACUCCUGCAUGACGGCAAUAAAACUUCAUACCGAGA